GGAGAUGGGCGGGUCCGAGCCUUGGGGGUAUUCGGAGGUGAAGGGCUGCGAGGCGCCGCUCCCACGGACCGGCCACGUCGGUGAGGCUCGGCGCAUGCGCGGCCGGCGCUCGCUUUUAAGAACCGGCGUCGCGAGGGAGAGCCGUUGGGCGCGAGAGAGCGCGUGCGCGCGCGGGGUGGUUGAGACCGUUGAGGGGAGGCCUCUUCCCACCGUCCUGCGGCCAUGAUGCCUGUAGCAACAGUCAAGGCUGAUGGUGUGCCCCUGUAUGACCCCCGCCUUCUUCAUGAGCUGGACUGGAGCCAGAGUAGCGUGACGUUCUCUCCUGCCAUUUCUCCCGAAGACCCUGGCAACGGCUUACUUUUGAGACCUCUGUGCAUGGGUGACUUCAACCGAGGAUUUUUAAAAGUUCUGGGCCAGCUGACGGAAACUGGAGUUGUCAACCCGGAGCAAUUCACCAAAACCUUUGAACACAUGAAGAGUUCUGGAGACUACUACGUGACGGUGGUGGAAGACACAAAUCUAGGACAAAUUGUGGCCACCGCGACUUUAGUUAUAGAACAUAAAUUCACUCAUUCGUGUGCAAAGAGGGGAAGAAUAGAAGACGUUGUCGUGAGCGGGGAAUGUCGAGGAAAGCAGCUUGGGAAACUAUUGACAUCCACGCUUACACUGCUAAGCAAGCGACUGAAUUGUUACAAAAUCACUCUGGAGUGUCUGCCCAAGAAUGUAGCCUUUUAUAAAAAAUUUGGAUAUUCAGUGUCUGAAGAAAACUACAUGUAUCAAAGGUUCUUCAACUAAAGACCUGCUGAAACUUGCCCUCUUUAUUCUCUUUGUGGAAAACGCCUAUUUACUGUAGAUGGAACAAUUGCCUCUGAAAACGGGACAACAAAUAUUUAAAUGCUGCAGAUGGAUUCUUUUAGGUUUCUUUGCAAACCCUGAAACCUAUUUUUCCUACUGUUCAUACGAUGUGACUUUUUUGUUAAGGGGGACGUAAAAGAAUAUUACGAAAGGAGAUGGUUUUCUAAACCAAAGGGUAUAUAUAUUUUUACCUGAUACGUUUUCUUGCCUCGUAUUUUUCUAAAGUUCUCUGCUGCUUCUUCUGAGUAGCCGAACAGUUCUGACGGGUUUAGGCUGAUUUCUGCAAUUUCUCUCACUUAGGAACGGUGAACACGAGCUCUUAGUUGGGCUUAACGGUCGCUCCUGUUGUCAUGAAUGUACCUCAACAUUUCAUACGCCCUAGAAGAAUCCUAGGGGCAGUCUUCCCAACUGAGAUAGCUCGUGCAAUUGGUUCUGCUUUAGUCAAAAGUUACAGAGAUUAGGAUGUUUGCUUAACACCUCAGGUGACCCCACAGUUGAUGCCUCCAACAGGAUGCGGCAAGUCUUCUCCCCGCUGAGAGCAGAGGAUGCCCAGUGCACACAUCCCCACCUUACCUGCUUGGACUUGGUGUUUAUGUUGGUGGGCAAAAGAUUCUGCCAUGUUCAGCACCUGCGACAUAUCCUAAAUCACGUUCUCAGGAACUUGAUGGGAUUAGGCACUUUACAUAAAUCGUUCUAGCACUUUUUUUUUUUUAUCCUCACUCGACAAUAGAACGUAUGGCGAAUCCACCUGCCGUACUAAGUUCAGGGCAUUGUGAGCAAAAUGAAGGCUAUUACAGAAGUUACCCGAUCAGGCUUCACCGAACCACCCAGAGGGCUAUUCUCAGCUGGGAGGGCUGUCCCAUUUCAUUGUGGUACUUAACUGUCAUGGAAGACAUUUGUUCUAUUUAUUCAGUUUUUUGAAAGUCUUGUCAAGCGGAAGAAUGGGGACUUAAUAAAUUUCAUUCUGAGUCUAA